AAACAACAGAGUACCCGGAGUCUUUGCUUUCUGUUUAUUUUUUAUCAAGUAUUGCUUUUUGGCCUUUAUAUUUGCUUGUACUGUAUAGUACAAAUUUUCGAAACUAGUCUACUGUCUACUGCCAUCGAUUGGUUGUCAUUUCUAGUUUGUUGUCGGAGUGGGGUGUUUGGUUUAAUAAAAAUAUUUGUUUGAAUAAAUGAAAUAACAAUUUAUUUAUUAAAACUUUUUAAACAAUUAAUAGACUAUUUUUUAGUGUAAAACAAAUUAAUUAAAUAAAAAUGUCGUUGAAAUACAGCCAUGCCAUAGUGGCCAGAAUUUCAGAUGGGUUAAGGAAUAAAGAAGAGUUCGAUCUAGAAACGGCCAAAGAACAACACAAGCAGUUCUGCAGUUUAUUAAGAGAAAUUGGUUUAGAUGUCAUUGAAUUGCCACCCGAUGAUGAAUUGCCGUACAGUGUUUUUGUGGAAACAUCUGUUGUCAUAUGUAAUGGUGUAGCAUUAAUUGCCAAAUCUGAAGAUCCGAUGAGACAGAAAGAGGCCAACAGUAUAGCUAUAACGUUAAAAAAGGAAUUAGAUAUUCCAGUGGAGGUAAUAGAGAAUCCAAAUGCACAACUACAUGGUGGGGAUGUAUUGUUUACAGGUAGAGAAUUUUUCGUUGGUAUUUCAAAUUUUACCAACGAAGAUGGAGCUAGAGCGGUUGCAACAACUUUUCCCGAAUAUCCUGUAACUCCAAUAAAGGUUGGUGGCACAAAACCCCUGAAGUAUUAUGUCUCGAUGGCGGGACCCGAUGUCUUAAGUGUCAGCAAUAGCACUGUUUGUCAGGAGAUUGUUAAACGCAUGGAACGAGAAGCCAGCUUUAAAUAUUUAAAAAUUACUUUACCAGAGGAACAUGCCGCCAAUAUGCUAUAUAUUAACGGCACACUGGUUUAUCGUUCACCUGAAGAAAUUUUAGAAUCAUAUAAGAUAAUUAAGGAAAAAAUUGACAUUCCAUCUCGCAACAUUAAUAUUAGUGAAUUUAGUCAAUUUUCUACUGGACUAACAUCGGCGUGCGUUUUAUUGAGACGUUGGAAAUCUAUACGAAACAUUUAAGCAUCGUAGACGACUGCAACAAGAUCUACUCUAAUGUAGACAAAAGAAUUCCAUUGAAAUUACAUUUUCUUCCGUAGACUAAUUGCAAUAGAAAUAGAAUAGAAUAAAUAGAAUAGACUAUACUACACAUGCACUGUUAACAUUUUAUAAUUGAUCUUUCGAUCAACGUUUAAACGCAGAAUUUUCUAUAACUAGAUUUAAUAUGAAAACAAGUUUAGUACAAUAUUUCAAAUAUACAAUUUUGCACAUCAUCUAUAGAGUAAUCGUAUUAAUAAUUGAUAUUAUUAUGUUUUGAAUUUGAUAUAAUUUUACUAUUGACAAUAUCUAUGUUUUGUUAUAAACAAUUUUAUAUACAUACAUCAAUAAAAUGCAUUUAAAUGUAUACAUAAAAUAUGUUUACCAUGUAAAUGCUAUUGAAUGCAAAUCUCAGUUUGUUAGAUGAAAUAAAUUUGAUAAUUAUAACACCAAA